AGCUGUCAGCUUUUGUGCAUUUCGCAUUCGCACAUCUCGAUAGAUUUUUUAUAAUUCUGUAAUAAAAUUCUGCUUUCCCCAUUUUUCCAUAAAAAUAUACAACAAAUUUUAAUUAUUACAAUAACAAUAAAGCUAGAAUAUAUGUAUUUAGAUAAUGUCUCAAGUGCAUAGAGUAAAUAACGAAAAUUAAAGUACACGAACAAGAAUAACUAAAAACGAAAAAGAAACAACAACUUCCUACUUGGAAUUCCCCCCAAAUAAUCAAAUUAUGGCAUUGAAAAGACAAAAGAAAUAUACCCAACAUUUUGACGAUGAAACGGAUUUCGUACCAAUGCAAAGAGUCCCACAAUCCCUGCAAAAAUUCGAAAACACAAUCGAAGCUCAAGUACAAGAUGGUGAUACCCUUCAAGCACUUGCCUUACGUUUCCAUUGCACAGUCGCUGACAUUAAACGUUUAAAUAAAAUCGACAAAGAUAACGAAAUACACGCAAGGAAGGUUGUGAAAAUUCCUGUCACAGUUCACUCAGUGCUGCUGGAAACACUUCCUGCGGUGCAUAAGAGCGGUAACAACAGUCCAAAACACCCACAGAUCAGUGAAGCGGGAGCCCAACGAAAUCCCCUAGAGAAUGCCAGUUUGAGUGAGAAACUGCUUGUGGCGUCUGUUAAUUCAGCGGGUGAUACAAUCAAUGAUAUUAUUCUCAAAUCCUCAGUAAGAAAUAAUGCUUAUAGAGAUGAUUCUAUUGAAGAUAACAGCCUUUCCAUGGGGAACAAUCAUUCAGAUCCCUAUGAACCCCUAAUGAGUGGUGUUCUAGAUGACUCAAUACCUCAACCAAGAAUAAUUCGCGGACCGGCUGUUCGUCCCUGGGACUGGUCAGGAUCAGAUUGUGACAUGUCGUGGGUGUGUUUGUUUAUUUUAAUAUUAGCAUUAUGUUUCGCAAUUCCACUCAUCUAUGUCCUCUACAUUGCCGAGCAUCCGAAGAAAAUCCAUCACAGUGCUCUUUGACUAGAGUUAUUAAGUUUUAAUCAUUCCCUAGAAGAAUAUUUAUAAUAAUGUAAUUGGACUUCCAUUUUAUUAUCUACUUUCUAUUAAACUUUAUUUUAAUUGAUAAGUUAAUACAAAACAAAAAAUAAACAAUGUUGAUGGAUAACGAAAAAACCGUGAUAGGUUUUUGAGAAUGUUUAUAACAGAGUGAACUCUUUUCCGAUGACAGCGAUUUACAGUGCCUUUCUUGCAUUCAAUGUUUUUCUUCAUUUUUUUCUCUUAUCUGUACUUUUUUUUUAAAUUCUAUCAUCACAUAAGCCGCCACAUAAAGGCAAACAAUUAAAAAGAAUUUAGGGAUUUUGUAAACAUUAUCGUGUAUUCCCCACUUAAACAAAAAUCAAAUAAAUAAAAUAAAAUUUUAUAUUUUUAAUCAGACAAUAAAUUAUUAUUUAAACAUAAA